UUUGACUUCUUGGCAAGAUUGCUGGUCCUCUUUCCGAAUCGUCUUGGUUUGCCUUGUUUUGGAAGUACGGCUGUUUAUUCGCAUCGUUUUCUUAUACUGCAACGCAGGAUGAGUGUGUCUUUGUCACCAGGCGCCCAGCCGAAGAAGACCAAUUACAGGGUCCGCUUUCGACAUGGCGUGUUUCCGGAUGCAGAAGGUCAAGCAACCAGAGCAGAUAUCAAAAAGUACGAUUAUUUCUUCGCUGCCGGGCAGAGAUGGGUUGGUACCGAGGGUAAAUGUAUGUUCAAGCCACCGGUUGAGUCACUUCUGAGCGACUGAUAAGCAUUAUGCGAGCACUA